UCCAGGCCCUAGACACACAACACUUUUUCACACAGAGAAACACACACACCUUCGUUGAUCGCAUUGCUCUUUGUUCCAUAGUGUAAAGCAUUGUUGAAAAUGUUGAACCUACUGCUUAUAAAUAGUCCCUGUAUGGAUACUACACCCCAUCCUACAGAAAGACCAGGGAAGCCAAUCAUCCUGUGUGAUAUUAACUACCUGUGCGAUCAGUGGCUGUCACAUCAUGACCUUAAGACAGCAACUUUUCCAGGUCCUCUUCUGAGCAAAAAGAUGAAGAAGGGGGACCUGAUUGAUUUUAUCCGGAGAAAGACCCAUGAGUGUCUGAUUAAGGAUGAUGUGCCUGACCAGCAAGCAGCCUAUGUGUUUUGGCUUAUCAUGGAGAAGUUCUGCACCCAAAAUGGGAAUGUGAUGAUGACGGACAUCACUCCUCUCCUCUGGAUGGGCUACAAUGCUUAUAAGAAUAAGCUCGGAGAUCUUGAGAAAGAGGAUCACUGGUGCCUUCUUCUCGCUCGUUGCUUAUCCAACUCUAAUGAUUCAGAAGAUAAGCUGUGGGAAUCCGUCAUUAAAAUGGGAGACACACUUGCGUCCAGAGGACAAAUAUACCCAGCUCAUGUCUGUUAUGUGGUGGCACAGGUUGAGCUGGACUCGUACAAUGACAGAACCAGUUUCACUCUGAUUGGAUCUGGAGGUUUGCCAUUUGGGAAGUCAGCUAUGAGGGAAGCCUUCGAACGAACUGAAGUGUAUGAGUAUGCCCUCUGGUUGAACUCUGGGUUCACACAGCCAAACUUUCAGAUCAUCAAGCUACUUCACGCCAGAAGGCUAGCUGAUUCUGGACAUUCUGCUCAAGCCCGGAACUACUGCAGGACCAUUGCUACGGCAGUAGCCACCUUCCCCAGUAACAUCACAGUCAUCCUCAUGAGCCGUCUUAUUACGCUCUCUGAGGAACUGUACAGAGGGAAGGCCAAAGAACCCAACUGGCUGGUAAAUCUUCGCUACCUGUGCCUACACAAGAAGGUGGAACAGAUUCUUGGGAAGGAUUAUAUUAUCCCAGAGCAGCAGGUUGUGUGGGAUGUGGACUCUCAAUCACAGGGUCUCCUGACAGCUGAAAAGUCCACUCUCCAUCUUACUGCCAUGGAGCUGCAGGCUGAGAUGUGGGAUGAAGACUCAGAGUCAGAUGGUUCUCUGAUGCCUGAAACAGCCACCACCUAUGUGAAUACUCUGGAACUCCAGCCUGAGGUCUGGGAUGUGGACAGCGAGGUCCAAGAGAUGCCCACUUUCUACCCUUCCUGUCUGAAAUUCCUCACUGAACCAGAGGCACAGAGAUUUCUUGCCUUGUACACCAUGGGAAACCGGCUCGGGAGUGGAAGCUUUGGCACAGUUUAUGAAGGAACCUGUAAGAAAGAUGGACAACAGGUUGCAAUUAAAUACAUUGCCAAGAAUGCCUCAGAUUGGUACAUCACCAUUCCUGGCGAGUCCUGCAAGCUCCUUCAAGAGGUGGCUUUAAUGCAAAUUGUAUCAAAGCCACCUCACAACAAGAACGUUCUGCAGCUUCUGGAUUGGUUCGAUAUGCCCAACUACUUCCUGUUGGUCCUGGAGAGACCCGUCCCCUGCAUGGACGUGUAUUCUCUGUGUAUGAGCCAAAAAGGCGUACUAGAUGAACUACUGGCCAAAAUCAUCAUGCUGCAGGUGGUUGAGGCUGCCCGCUACUGCCAUAAUCGCGGCGUUUUCCAUCGUGACAUCAAGGCGGAAAACCUUCUUUUCAACCCCGACACAUUGGAAGUCAAACUCAUUGACUUUGGCUGUGGUGAUUUGUGGCAGGACACACCCUACGAGGAAUAUGCAGGAACUCCAGAUUACUGGCCUCCAGAAUGGAUUCUGCAACAAGAGUAUAACGCCUACCCUGCUACUGUCUGGAGUCUCGGUAUACUCCUCUUUAGUAUAGUCUGUGGAGAAAUGCCCUUCAUAACUGACAAGGAAGUUGUUGCCGGGACCCUGCAUUUCAAGCCUGGCCUGUCUAAAGCCUGCUGCCAUCUGAUCGAGUGGUGCUUGGAACAGGACCCUACCAAACGGCCAAGCCUCCAGCAGAUCAGCAAACACAAGUGGUUCACAGAAAACCUUUAAGACCAGGUUCAGACCCUGUAUUGAUGGCAUUGAAUCAUGAAACAACAACCAAUUUAUACUGACUGAGAAUAAAUGAAAAUCAGUGUACCUGACUGGCUGCUGUUUGCUUUUAUUCAUUUUUAUCAUAUGAUAAUCUUCUGCUUGGAGCUUUCUGCAGUUAUAACUGACUUUCUGCUGCUGUGGAUGGACACAUAUGGAUAGCUUAAAGAUUUGCACUUCCCAACAACAGUUUAUGCCAAGUCUCACUGUUGGUUCAAUGGAUAAUCUCAUAUGGAUACUGUAGACUUGCACUUAAGAACUAAUACUGUAUUCAUGAAAACUGAGCUCAUCCUGGGACUCUUACUCACAGUAUGCACAUACUGAAUCAUUUUUAAUAUAUUUAGAACUGUUGGACUUUAUAAUAUACAACUGAAGAAUGUAUAGCGCUGUAUAAUGAUUUAUUGGUGUGUAGUCGAAGGGUCAUGACAAAGUUGUAAAAUACAAAAAUAGGCAAAGUUUAUUCUAAUAGAAAAACUGUUGCAUCAUUGGCAGUCACUUCAUGGAUAGCAGCGACACGCAGCACAUUUGGCAAGGCGUUCAGGCCAUCAACAACUACAUUACAUCACCCGCUGCGACAGUGAUGUCUCCCUUCCAGAUGCGCUGAACAACUUCUACGCUCGGUUUGAGGUGCAGAAUGACGUGACAGUGAGGAAGACCACCCCUCCUCCCAACGACCAGGUGGUGUGUCUAACCACGGCUGAUCUGAGGAAAACUCUACGAAGAGUCAACUCACGGAAGGCUGCUGGACCAGACAACAUUCCUGGCAGAGUGCUCAGAGGAUGUGUAGAUCAGCUAGCAGAUGUUGUCUCUGACAUCUUCAACAUCUCCCUGAGCAUCGUUCCAACGUGCUUCAAGGCUACCACCACUGUCCCCGUGCCGAAGAAGUCUUCAGUGUCCUGCCUCAAUGACUACCGUCUCGUUGUACUCACAUCCAUCAUCAUGCAGUGCUUCAAGAAGCUCGUCAUGAGGCACAUCAAGACCCUGCCUCCGACCUCAUUGGACCCGCUGCAGUUCGCGUAUUGCACCAACCGCUCAAAAGAUGAUGCCAUCGCCACCACCCUAGGGUGGUGUUCUGUCUAUCUGAGGAGGAAAAUAUAAGCAUAUAUUCUCCUUAAAUUUGGUAAAAACAGAAACUACAUGUUGAACCCUUGCCUCUAGUAGGGAAAAAAUGAAUAAAUUACAGAAAUUUAUAAAUCUGGAUUAUGUAAUGUAAAAUAGCUAUUCUUUUCUGGUUAUUAGAUAUCUAAAAAGCAUGUCGAAUGUUUAGUUUCAUUUAAACGACGUCUCAGGAUUGACCUGGGACAUUUGGUGGGUUUUGCAUACAGCUGAAAAAUUACUUGGAGCCACUAAUUAACAGAUCCACUUCGAUAACCAUUGAAAAAGGUGUUUAAUAUAUCAGCAAGAGGUGCAAUAUCCUGGGGAAAUCAGGAAACCUGGCCUACAUGGAGUAUUUCUGCAUUCAUAUUUUCUUUUUUGAACUUGGCCCGGUUCCAUAGUGAUUUUUCACCCAAUUAAUGCAGAGAAAUUUCACUAAAAGAGAUCAAAUUCCUGCAGCUGGUAAAGUUAAUUAACAACUAAAGCACUGGGAUUCUUGAGAGAUUUAUCUUACACUGGCACUGAAGUGCUGAUGAUUUAUAACGGCUUUUUCAUCUGUCAGCUGUGGAUAUAGUGUGAAUGAAACCCAACAUCCACAUAUUACAUACACUUUUGUAAGUCCCAUGGUUUCAGUGUAUAACACUGACUUGUUGCUGCCUCCUGACCUUCUGAAAUCUCAAACAAUCUGGCCUAGACUAUACAAUCACAGUUCCCAGACAUACCAAA